CCUCAUAUAUAUAAACCCCCCAAAGUUCAGUUUGCUGCAACUAAACCCAAUUAACAAGCAAAAUGAGUCUCACCGACAAGGACAAGGCCGCAGUCAAGGGCUUCUGGGGUAAGGUCUCCGGCAAGGCCGACGAGAUCGGCGCCGACGCCUUGGGCAGGAUGCUGGUCGUUUACCCCCAGACCAAGACUUACUUCUCCCACUGGAAGGACGUGAGCCCUGGCUCUGCCCCGGUGAAGAAGCACGGAAAGACCGUGAUGGGUGGAGUUGCUGAUGCUGUGUCCAAGAUCGAUGAUCUGAAAGGAGGUCUUCUCUCCCUCAGUGAGCUGCACGCUUUCACCCUGAGAGUGGACCCCGCCAACUUCAAGAUCCUCGGCCACUGCAUCCUUGUGGUCAUGGCCAUCAAGUUCCCCGCUGACUUCACCCCUGCGGUCCAUGUGGCUCUGGACAAGUUCCUGGCUGCUCUGGCUCGUGCCCUGUCUGAGAAAUACAGAUAAACAGCUGGAAAAGAUUGACGGGACAGCAGCGUGGAAUUCAACACGCUCACCAAGUCUGAAGAUGAAUAAAUGAUCAAAAGCAA